UGUCAUUUUUUGGGUCCCCAUUGAAAACCCUUUCAAAAUUUAAAAACCUCGAAACAAUCCCACUCAACCAUAAACAACUAAAUUCCGCCAAAAACCACCCAAAUCAAAAUCCCUAAAACCCCUUUUUCAGCAAAUCCAAAACCCACCAAAUUCUCUUACUUCCUCACACACCCAUGUCUUCCAUCAACUAAAACUUCUCACAUACCAAAAAAUAGUAAAAAGAAAAAAAACGAAGCUUAAACCUCAAAAAUGGCGAUAUUAUACGGGAUGGUAGCUCGUGGAACGGUGGUAUUAGCGGAGUAUUCCGCAACAACUACGAACGCCGGUGCAAUUGCGAAGCAAAUUCUCGAGAAAACUCCCGGAAAUAACGAUACCCAUGUGUCGUACUCUCAGGAUCGAUACGUGUUCCACCUUAAACGCACUGAUGGUCUUUCUGUUCUUUGCAUGGCUGACGACUCUCUUGGCCGUAGAAUACCAUUCGCAUUUCUUGAAGACGUACAUCAAAGAUUUGUGAGGACUUAUGGACGUGCUGUACUUACGGCCCAAGCCUAUGCCAUGAAUGAUGAAUUUUCAAGGGUUCUGAGUCAGCAAAUGGAGUACUAUUCAAGUGACCCAAGUGCUGAUAGAAUUAAUCGUUUAAGAGGUGAAAUGGAUCAGGUGAGGAAUGUCAUGAUAGAGAACAUUGAUAAAGUGCUAGAUAGAGGUGAUCGCUUGGAGCUGAUAGUUGAUAAAACUGCCAACUUGCAAGGAAAUACGUUUCGCUUCAGAAAGCAGGCUCGUCGUUUUAGAAGCAAUGUGUGGUGGAAAAAUUUUAAACUAAUGGUUUUGCUGAUUUUUGCUCUCUUAAUUAUCAUAUAUAUUGUGCUUGCAUUCAUCUGUCACGGACCUGCACUACCGAGCUGUCUGAACUGAGAUGAUCAGACGCCACUGCUUGGUGGAAGAAUGAAGAUAUUCUGCUUUUUUUUUUUUCUCUUUGUUGUGCCUGUGAAUAUAUAGAUGAUGUUAUCUGUGUAAUGUUUGUAGGACUUUUGUAAUUUUGGGUGUUGAAUUUUACCCUUGAAUCCUUUUUGUUUUGUUCUAAGUGUCACUUCGCUAUUCUCUCUUGAA